CAUCUAGAAGAUUAGAGCCUUUUUAAUUUAUUAUUAAAAUUAGUGAAUUUAAAGGUUUUUAAUGUAAUCUUUUAGUAUUAUAGUCUAAAAAAAUAUCAGGAGUAUGGUUGGAUUUAUAACCAAAUAGACCGAAGUGCACAUUCGUGACAUCCAGUUUUCACUCUCCCUCCCGAUCAACGAAAAACCGCGUGUUCUUUCCACUUUCUCAUAAUAAAUUUCUUCGAUUCGCCCAUAUCACAACUAACCAUUUCCCACUUCUUCCUCCCAGAUCGGACGGUCCAAUUUUCAAUGGCAACCGACAACGACAACACCAGAUCCGGAUCCGCCACUCCCACCGUCAAUGGCGAUGCCGAAGCUCUACAGAGGCCCAAAAUAGCUCUGAUCACCGGAAUAACCGGCCAAGACGGCUCCUACUUGACAGAAUUUCUCAUCAAGAAAGGGUACGAGGUUCAUGGCCUGAUCCGCCGGUCGUCUAACUUCAACACCCAGCGCAUCAACCACAUCUACAUCGAUCCUCACAAUACCCACAAGGCCCGGAUGAAGCUACACUAUGCUGAUCUUACUGAUGCAUCCUCUCUUCGCCGCUGGCUCGAUACCAUUCUUCCAGACGAGGUUUACAACCUCGCUGCUCAAUCCCAUGUUGCUGUCUCUUUCGAAAUUCCUGAUUAUACUGCUGAUGUGGUGGCCACCGGCGCUCUCCGUCUACUAGAGGCCGUCAGAUCUCAUAUCGCCGCCACAGGAAGAAGUCAUAUCCGUUAUUAUCAGGCUGGAUCGUCGGAAAUGUUUGGAUCUACUCCGCCUCCCCAAUCGGAAACAAGUCCAUUCCAUCCCAGAUCUCCAUACGCGGCGUCAAAAUGUGCGGCGCAUUGGUACACCGUUAAUUACCGAGAGGCUUAUGGGUUGUUUGCAUGUAAUGGGAUCUUGUUCAAUCACGAAUCCCCGAGGCGUGGAGAGAAUUUUGUGACCAGGAAGAUUACAAGAGCUGUUGGAAGAAUUAAGAUAGGACUGCAGAGCAAACUAUUUCUAGGAAAUUUGCAGGCGUCAAGGGACUGGGGAUUUGCUGGGGAUUACGUGGAGGCUAUGUGGAUGAUGCUGCAGCAAGAAAAGGCUGAUGAUUACGUGGUGGCCACAGAGGAGUCUCACACAGUGGAGGAGUUCUUGGAGGUGGCAUUUGGGUAUGUGGGUUUGAAUUGGAAGGAUCAUGUGGUGAUUGACAAGAGGUAUUUUAGGCCAGCGGAGGUGGACAAUUUGAAAGGGGAUUCAAGCAAGGCGAGGAAAGUGCUUGGAUGGAAACCAAAGGUGGGAUUUGAGCAGCUGGUGAAGAUGAUGGUGGAUGAAGACGUUGAGCUAGCUAAGAGGGAGAAGGUGCUGGUUGAUGCUGGAUACAUGGAUGCCCAGCAACAGCCUUGAUGAUAUGGGAAUUUCAGUUUAUUGUGAUAAAAUUACCACUAUAAAGCAUUCAGGCUUCAUUUAGGCUUAAGGCAGGAUUAUCUGCAUUUUUAGUGUGUGUUUUUUUUUAAUUUUAUUAAUGUUCGUCAGUUGUUUUUAUCAUCUUGAAAUCUGGAAUCAAUUUUAGUAAAGAGAAAAGUUCUGGGAUCAAA